GCCGUGUCGCCGUACACAACGAAAAGUUUUCCGACUCACGUUUGUCUCUCUCCUUUUCUCUCUCUCUUUCUCUCCUACAUUCACGUGUUCGUGUGCACGUUCCCGCGUUAGUAUCCCACUGGUUCUCAGUCGCGGCUGACAUUCGUGACAAGUAAUUUUUCAAAGUCGUGAAAAAUCUUUUGGGCGUUGAUCAAUUUGUGGGAAACAGAGUUCCAUUAUUCCAGAAUAUUUUGCCAACUAUUUUUGCUUGAGAGCGCAGUGCUUUUUUGCUGGACAACUUGAAAUAAAAUUUCGAAUUCAUUCGAGUGUAAAGAAAGAUUCAAAUUCUACAGAUAAACGACGCAACGUGAAUGAACGAAACAAGAUAAUUCUGUAUCUUUACAUGUGUUAAUAAAUCAUCAAUGAGUGUACUCGAACGAAGCUAGGAACAAUGAGAGUGAUGUGUUCAAAGGCCUAAAUGUUCCGGCUCUGCAACGUCGAGAAAGGGAUCGUUAUUGUAAUAUAACGAGGUACGAAUAUACACUUGUAUAUUCAUAUAUAGACUCGCAUAAAAAUAUUCGUCGAGGGUUAACAAAACGUGAGGAAAUGGGCAAACUCUUGAGUCUUUUGGCUCGUGACGAGUCAACUUGUUGUACUCCGCAGAAGUACGAUGUUUUUCUCGACUUCGAAAAUGCCCAGCCGUCUGAAAUCGAGAGAGAAACUUUCGAGGCAGUGCAACGAGUUUUGAAAAAUUCGGAGUCGAUACUCGAGGAAAUUCAAUGUUACAAGGGCGCGAAUAAGGAAAUACGUGAGGCUAUUUCAGCCCCGACCGAAGAGUGUCAACGCAAAGCUUAUUUGACUGUUGCACCAUUAGUUGCAAAGCUUAAAAAAUUUUACGAAUUCUCCCUCGAAUUAGAUCGCGUGGUUCCGAAAAUCCUUGGACAAUUGUGCUCAGGUAAUUUGUCGCCCACUCAACACCUCGAAACUCAACAGGCUCUGGUCAAACAGCUCGCCGAAAUACUCGAAUUCGUGUUGAAAUUCGAUGAGCAUAAAAUGAAGACGCCUGCGAUUCAAAAUGAUUUUAGUUAUUAUCGUCGUACUUUGACGCGAGCAACGUUAUCGAGACAGGACAAUCCGGAGUUAGAUCUCGUUGUUGGAAACGAACUCGCGAAUCGUAUGUCUCUUUUUUACGCCCACGCUACACCCAUGCUUCGGGUUCUCAGUCACGCAACUAUAACUUUCUUGAUGGACAACGAGGAUAUACCAAGGGAAAAUAUAACGGAAACUUUAGGAACGAUGGCAAAAGUUUGUCUGAGAAUGCUCGAGAAUCCAAAUCUUUUGGCACAAUUUCAAAGAGAAGAAACGCAAUUAUUCGUUCUGAGGGUAAUGGUUGGUCUUGUAAUACUUUACGAUCAUGUUCAUCCCCAAGGUGCCUUCGUGAAGGGAUCAAACGUCGAUGUCAAAGGUUGUGUGAAGUUGUUGAAAGAUCAGCCUCCCUGUAAAAGCGAAGGUCUUUUGAAUGCUCUGCGGUAUACGACGAAACAUUUGAACGAGGACAACACACCGAAGAACAUAAAAAAUUUACUCGCAGCAUGAUUGCCGAAACAGCGUGGAUGCUGCAUAAGAAGCUAAAGUGAAUUCGUUAAAAAAAUCACGAUGAUUCCGAGAACGACAAAAAGGCAAAGAAAUUGCAGGUGAAGAAUCACCAAAAAGGUCGCUCAAAUGAUUCUCGAUCGUCGUAACUAAUCGAUCCGUAAAACUGUAUGAAGAAUCGUUUGUUUUUCAAACUAACCUUACCCAAGAGCUACCGAUAACUGCCUCGUAAUUAUUUAUUAAUGAAAUGGCAAGUUUUAAACGACUGUGGGAUUCAGAGAGAGAGAGAGAGAGAGCGAGAGAGAGAGAGAAAGUGAGAAACGAAGAAAUCGAGUCAAACUCGAAAUUGGUGAUAGUACUUCCACGUAUUUAUAUGUAUAAAGAGCUAGAAAGGCAAAGUCAAAAAAAGUCGUGAUGGUGAGCACUGAAAAUAAAAUUAAUAUUGUGGUAAAUGAGACGUUCAGACGUUUUCGUGUAGGCAAGACUCAAUUGGGAUUGAAAUGUAAUUUCUCUAAACUAGAGCAUAUCAAAUAUUAUUGGGUGUAAUUUUACAGACUGCAGUCGGUAAUUUUAGUUACAAUAUUCCAGACAUUUUCCAUCCUCACAAGUUAAACGAAGCUUCCGAGUGAAUUUUCAUUCCCUCUUAUGUAUUUAUUGUUUCGUAAUAUUCGUUUUCCUUCUACAAAUUCAUACGAAACUUCCUCAUCCAUUCGAGUAGUCGUGGGAACAACUAAGUAGAGCAUUUUAAAAAGCUAAUAACGACCGAUGAAUUGGUGAUCAAUUUUAUUCAUAUUUAUUCCUUUCGCAAGCAGCUUCGAUCUCGUACUCCGUAUUAAAUUGUUCCAUUUGUUUAGCACAGUGGACCAUAGUCGCUAAUAAUUGAAAAUAAUUAUCGAAUAUUUGCUUUCGUGGAAGAAAUCUGUAGAGAUUGAAAUCAGUUCGAAUAUUGAUCUUAUUAAAAACCUCAAUUAAAUUUCUGCCCACAUGUGCUUCAAAAUCAUUUGCUCACCAAGCCGUUCGGUUGUGCCUGUGAGAAUUGAUCUUACUGAUAAUCCCUCACAUCUUUGAUAACACGAUUUAAAAGCAUGCAAUCAAUUACUACAAAUAUUAUUACUACUGUAUUGCACGAUGAAAAAACGAAAGGAAUUUUGGAAAAACUGACGAUUUAGAGAAGUAUUAUUGACGAAGAACCAAAGAUAUAUAUUGUACAUUACGUAGUACGACGAAGACGAAAUUCAUGGUUACAUACAUUAAUUAUUACGAUUAAUAUUAUAGAAAGAAAAAGAGGAAAAGGGGAAAAAUAAAGUUUGUGUUAUAUCGGUAUAUCAUGUAAAUUAGAGACCUACGGUAGUCAUAUUAAAAUGCAUACGAGGAUUGUUAACUUGUACGCAUGAUUUGAUUAAGGCGAAGCCAAGAACAUUGUGUGGUGAAUGGAAAAAGAAUAAAUGAAGUAUACCCGCGACCUAUCUGCCGUUAGAUCAAUCAAUCAUAGUUUGAGUUUUCUAAGACUGCAAUUUGUCGAAAUCGAUACUUUGAAUCUCAAUGGUCAAUGGACGUAGAAUUUUUUGAAUUGCGAAAUAUAAAUUCGAUUAUCUGACAUGUCGAAAUUUAAAGCCAGAAAAAACACCAAAAUGUAUUUCCUUUUUAUUAGCCUUGGUUAUCGCACAAAUUGUUUCAUACGAUGAAUUUGCUCUCUUUUAGUACAAACAAAAGAUGAUGAACGAAAAAAGAACUUUUAAACGACGCGCAAAUGGUAAAAAUAAAAUUCCCAACGAAUUGAAUAUUUAAUGGGGGAAUGUACUUUUUUCCUUGCUCCCUAUUAUCUGUAAUUUAUCGGAUACUAUAUUAUUAGAGCGAUGAUGAGUAAUAAUAUGAAUUAUUAUACCUUCCAUGAUGAAAGUGCAAAGUGUAUUUGUUUGAAAUAUACAUUGGUCAUUGGUACUGAA